UCCCGCAGAGUCCCUCGCCGCCGCAGUACGUGUUCUGGUACCACAACGAGAACAUGAUCAACUACGACAACGUGCGCGGCGGCGUCACGGUGAGCACGGAGCCCGGGCCCAAGACGCACAGCCGCCUCAUCAUCAACCAGGCGACGCGCGCCGACAGCGGCAACUACACGUGCCGCGCCUCCAACACCGAGGCGGACACCAUCUACGUCUUCGUGUCCAAAGGAGACAACACAGCGGCCAUCCAGCGCCAGGAGUCCGGCGCAUCGGAGGCGCUGCGCCGCCCCGGCAGCGUCGGCGGCCGGCGCCUGGCGGCGGUGCUGGCGGCGGCGCUGCUGGCGGCGACUGCGGCGGUGACGCCCGCGGCCGUGCUGCGCUCCCUGUGGGACGGCGCUAGGUGA